GAUCUGUGUAGACGCGUUCUUCCUUAUCACUUUUUUCUCUCCUGAAAAUACCUUUAGAUUUUUAUCUAGAUCUAGACUCUAGAAGUCUAUUUUAAAAUGUUUUAAAGCUCAAUAUUAGAUAUCUAAAUCUAGAUCUAGAUCUAGAACUUGUGUUUUAUUUCGAAGCUGUUGUUGUCUCAUUUUGAUCGGAGGGGAAUCCUGGUCUGACGUCAAACAAGAUGGGCGCGUACUUAAAAAUAGUUUCGCCUCUUUGCAAUGUGUGUGUUACCACUCGAUGGAUCGAUUUCAAGGCUCCUAGAAAAAACUUUUCUUUGUCAAUUUGCGUUGUAUUUAGAGAAUGUGCCGUUGAGAACAAGGAAAAAAGGGUUCAGGUACUAGAUCUAGGCCUACAGAAUAGGUCAUUCUAUCAAGGCUCCAACAAGAGCCUUGGCCUUGGCGACCUGAACUCUGACCUCGUUCAGGGAACAAACUGCUAGAGCUGCUGUCAGAUACCACUCCAGAUUUCACUGUCACUGGAAACUUCUCCGGUCGGUCUCGCGUCUGGCCAGUAGGCCACCACAACACACUAAAAUCAUGGACGACAGUGAUUCUGAAUUUCAAUCAGAGUUGGAGACCGAGUUGGAAUCUCUCCAGGCUAUUUUCAUUGAUGAGCUCACCUUCAGCAGAAAAGAGGAUGGCUCUGUGGAUGAGAUUGAGCUCCUGCUUCACCCUUCCACCGGACACGACACCAGCAAGCAGUUUGUCUGUAUGAGGCUCGUCUUCCGACCGCCCACACAGUACCCUCAUGAAGCUCCUGAGCUGGAGAUCCGCAAUCCCCGUGGCCUCGGAGAGGAGGAAAUAGAGAGUUUGGCCCAAGACAUGAAGGUCAAGGCCACAGAGUACCUCGGAGAGCCCAUGUUGUAUACUCUGAUCGAGAUGGCGCGGGACAGCCUGACAGAAGGCAACGUUCCUCGCUGUCCCUGCGUGGUGUGUCUGGAGCACUUUGAGCCCACGGACGCGUUCCAGCGCACCGGCUGCUACCACUACUUCCACACGCGCUGUCUACACAUGUACCUGGUGCACACGCGCGCUGCUAUGGCGGAGGAGAGGAGGACCAGAGAGGAGGAGGGGGCUAAGCAUGUCCGAGAGCAGGAGAAGGAGGAGGUGAUAGUUUGCCCGCUGUGCCGAGAGCCCCUGGAUGCGGAGUCUCUCUCUGUCGUGUGUGAGUCGAACGAGACCGUGGAAGAAGAGACGUUUGUGCCGUCGAGUGAGCUGAGGGACCAGCAGCGACGCAUGGCAGAGGUGUACCAGCGGCAGAAGGCCAAAGGGGGCAUCAUUGACCUGGAGGCGGAGAGGAACAAGUACCUGGUGAACCCGGACACAGUAGUGACCAUCCCAACUAGCUCGACCCUCACAGCCGACGCCCCGGCGUCUCGACAAAAGUCGCCUCGUAAUGAACGCAACAACAGUCAUGGUGUGGGGGAGAAAGCCACGUCGCGACAAACUGACCGCAACAGGAAACACGAAGGUUUGGGUGAAGGCCACAGACGCGCAGAGCCGCACUCUGCCGGAGGUCGAGGCAGGGGGAGGGGAGGUCAAGGUCGUAACUCUGAGGGCGACGGUGACAGGAGUUCUGGGAAGACGCGAGGAAGGGGUCGAGGAAAUCAGGAGGAGUUUCGGAAAAAUCGCAGUCAGGGUGAGAGGGGUGUGGCUAGAGGAGGGGGGGAAUCCAGGGGGCAGCACCGUGAUGGGGAAGACGAGAGGGAAGUUGAGAGGAAGAUGGAGGAUGGGAGGAAAAAUGAGAGGAAGGUGGAGGAGAGGAGGAAAAAUGAGAGGAAAGAAGGUGAGGGUGAGGAGACGUUUUCACGAGGGCACAAUACAGCUGCUGAUGAGGGGAGGAGGGCGGGUGGGAACUCCAGGGCCCGGUCCAGAGGGGAGGUAGAGACUAUGCAGGAUUUUGGUGAAGACAGGCCCAGGCAAGAUGGCUACCGUGACGGUGGUGGCAGAGGUCAGGGGAGGGUCAGAGGUCGCAGAGGGCGUGGGGGUCACUCUAGUAGGGGUGGUGGCGGUUCGGAGGUCACAGAUGGUGAGAGGGGGGAUGUGGUAAGUGUUAGGGUGGGGGAUGGGAGUCGCCGCGUGAAUGAAGGGGAGGGGGUGGAGAGAGACGGUCAGAGGAGAGGUGAAGGGUCGAGGUCGGGUCAAGGUCGUGGCGCUGGCGGUGGGCAGAGGUAUGGAGAGAAAGAUGGGAGGUCUGCCGAUGUAACGAAGACCGAUGGAAGUCUGGGAGGUCGGGAGCUGGGCGAUGGUGUCCGGAUGGCGGGCGGGUUUGGUCGGGAUGGGCGGGGCAGGGGUGGGAAGUCGUCUAAUAGCGAGGCAGCAGCGUCCAGUGCCCGAGGAGGAAGUGUUUUAAGUGGGUCGGACAGCUCAGCGGGUGAGAGGGACGGGGAUCGGUCAGUCAGUAGUCAAGGGGAUGAGGGUCGACCUAUCAGUAGUAGAGGGGACGGAACCAGGUCUAGGGGUGGGGCUCGCGGUUCGGACCGGUGGGGCUAUGAGAGGGGUGGGCAGGGAAAGGGCUGGGGAGGAAGGGGUGGGCGUUGGGAUAAUGAUCGGGACGAGCAUCACGGCGGCCGGUCGCAUAAAGGAGGUGAAGGUCAGGAGAGGUCAAGAGGUCAGCAGCAGCAGUGGCAGAACAGAGACGGGGCUCAGUCCGGCCGUCGCAGCAACAACAACAACAGCAGCA